CAUACAUGUAUACCUUGAGGGCUAACUAUAGCUCAUCUUUAUUUUAGCUAUAAGAAUCACAGGGGACUUCGGCUCUAUCAGGUAACUUUAUAGUUCACUAAUCAUUGUUGUAGUUGUUUUCAUUUUCACAUGCUGAUGUGUGACAUAUUUUUACAAGGGAGGAAAACAAGUGCAUGUUUGUGUGUAGGUGUCACUAUAGACAUUCUUACAGAUAUAGUGCAACUUCCAUGUUAGCAAGUUCCCUUUCGGAGUAUUUUCAAGAGUUUUGUUUGAAGUAUAUGAUAUUUACCUGCCUUGCAUUAUUUAUUGGCUUAUUAAGACUAAAUUAAGUAUAUGAAAAGUUAUCUUUGUUUUAUGAAUUUGAAAGUUUGCAUGGUUGCCAUAGGUCUGAAAAAAGUGUGGGAAUUUCAGUUUUAAGUCAGGGAAAAUUAACAUUUUUGAAAGAAGUCAGGCAAAGAGAAAUUUAAAGUAAAUUCAUUUGGUCUUGGGUAAAUGCUUCUCGUUUACCUUGUUUAGAGACGGAUUCCAGACCAGCAUAAUCCAUUUGAUGGUAAGCAAACAUUUGUUUUGCUUCUAGUUUCAUUGUUUUUAAAUUAAAAGUGUUAAAUGUGUCAAUGUACAAAUUGAGUUGGGUUUCUAGGAAAUUUUUAAAAAUCCUUUUUACAUGGUCUUACACGUUAUGUGCAUUGUAUACGUCUUGCUGAGAGUGCAAAUUUAUUGUUUGAAAGCAGGGCUGUGAGAGGAGGUUGGAAGUCAUACUCGGGACUCGUUUAUGUCAUUUCUAACCCAGUUGGUCAGGAAUAGUCAGGGAAUUUAAAAAACUUAUGACUGUAGCAACCAUGAUUUGGACCCAUCCCUCCUUGUCAAAUAGUCCUGCACGCACCGCUGUGCAAUCCCUAGAAGUGUCCAGCGUCUACCCAACCCUUAACUGUUAAUUCGGAUUCCUCUGCUUUGUUUUUUGUUACGCUUUUAUGGAAAGAAAACGAAGCAAGGUGAGUUACCAUAGAAACGAAAGCUAUAUCACCCAGGAAUUAGACCUCUUCACCUUUAUAUGAUUUUCGUAAGCGUGAUUUGGUUUUGAUUUGAACUUGUAUAAUUAGAUAUGAUUGGACAGAUAUUCUAAGAGAACAACUUUUUUCUUUUAAAGUCACCCUAUCAAUUUGAAACCUUAUCGGCUACCGAUAAUUUUGUUCGAUAAUUGUCGCUUAUUUCAUUCAUAAAUUUUUGGUUAAAUUGCAGGCAAUGAAAUCCUAUAAAUAUUACAUUCAUCGCUUCAGAGACUGAGAAUGUUGACAUCAAGCUCGAACGACAAACUCUGCACUGCUCCACGAUCACUAAAGAUUGUCAGGUAUCUAUCUGAAAUUUUUAAUUUCAUAAGGUAUCACAAAGCCCUUCAAACUUAAAUUAUUCCCAGUUUUUUUCAUGACUUACAAAGAUGGGUAAGAAUUGUCUUUGAACAAGUUAAAAACUCAAACUUACAGUUCUUCUAACCUGAGACGAAAACCUGCCAGUUUUUGCCUUGACUCGCUUACAUGAACAAAUAUUGUCUCUGAAUGCACUCAAAACUCAGACUGACAGUUCCUCUAACCUGCGAUGAAUUUUCACUCGUAAAUCUGAAAAUUUAAAUUCGAAAAAGAAAAAUUUUGAAUUGUACCAAGCUAUUUGGAAGGAAAAUUUUACUCAAAGAGGAAGACUUUUCUUUGAAACAAGAAAAGCAAGCAAGAUAACUGACAAAAUUUUAAUUUUAAAUGGGAAGGAAAUGUGAGAGAAAUACCUGAAAUUAAUUGUUCGAUGGCGACUUAAUACGUUGACAUCAAUUAUUUUUAUUCGGGGAAGUAUACCAGAUUAUGUUCAAAGUUGGGACAAAGGAAGGCAAAUCAAAUUUAUAGGUGUUUCGUUACCAUUAUAAUGAUCGAGAUUGCGUGACAAAACGCUCGUGCAACACGCGAUUAACCUUAUAUGGCAAGGGAAGUCUACUGUAACGUCAAGUUGUCAUGACAACGAACACUUAUCUUAGAAUCCGGUUGCGUUUUGAACGAAUCGGGCGUGGAGAUUUUCAUUGCAGAUUUGCGUGAAAUUAUUCAAAGUAGCAAACUAAGAGUAUUCAUCAAAAAUGGCUUCAAUCCGAGAAGGUAAAUAUGAUUUAGUUCUAUUUUGUCUUAUUUUAUUUCUUGAUUCAUUUUUGUGCAGAAAGAAAUCUUUCCAUUCUCGAUCGUUAUUCAGUAGAGUUUUAUUUUCUCAUCGAAUGCUCGUUUUGUUUUUUUUCCAUAGGAGAGAUCAAACAAGCUAGUCAAGAAAAGGUAAAUUUAACAUUUGCACAAUUUGUAUCUAGUUUAAUACGAUUGUUCAACUCUUUCUCUCUGUUUGUUUUUCCACAGGACUUAUCUGAGAACCAGGUCAGUAAGAGCCUUACAUUUUUAGCUUUGAAGGACGCAGAGGUCCGCAAAUAGGUCAUGAUUUGUAACACCGUGUUAAAAGUAAAGAGGGAAUUUACGUUUUGCUGCAUUCUCAGUCCGCAGAAUGUAAAGCGAUAGCCCCUGAGCAAAGCGCUGCUGAGAGUGGAGAGGAAGGAAGGUAAAAGGAACUUAACCUCUAAAAGCUAUCAUGUCACCAACACUAUUUCCGGUGAAGAACGCCAAUGUCCGGUCAGCGGUUACCAGACAGAGAUUAUUGCGUCAUCGCUCUACUCUCUCAAAGAGUAAAAGUUGAGGAUUUUGAGAAAAAGUUUGUGAAACUUUUAUGCUGAAGCAAAGCUUUCUCGCUCUUCCUUUUCUCUAAAAAUAAUUUCAUAUUUUUUUCUGACUAUUUUUUUCUUUCCUUUUGUAUUUGACGAAAUCUUGUAGCGGGCCUUCGUGGAAGGACAAGCAGAAGAUCAAGGUUGGUUUUUGCUACACCAAAAGGGUGUAGGCCGAGAUACCUCGUUGAUACUUCGAUUAAAAUCAAAAGAGUCUCCCGUCCAACUCACUUUCAGAGAAGGAUAUAUAUGUUGUUUGUAUUUUAUCAUCGACAGGAAAUCGUUAUUUAAAUGUAUCCAGUUUGUGAAAUAUCUUUUAAAAGGAUAAAACCUCCAUUCAGCUUUUAAACCGGGGAGUAAGUUGCUCGUGUCACUAAAGAAUUGACCUGAUCCCCCCUUAGGCUCUGUAGUAUUCAUAUGACUCUUCUCCCCCCGGUUACUGGCAGGUGAUUGGCAUUCAGUGUUCUUUAGUCCUACCUUCAUACUUUGUUGACGACGACUGAUCCCCUCUACUCCCCCUUGAAACCAUGUGAUCCCCCAAAAAAUCCUCCGGUGUCCCUUCCCCCUCUCCCCCCACCAUUGAUGAAUAACAACUGGUUUCUUACUGUUUGAAUAUUAUUUUUCAUUUUAGACGUUAGAAGAAAUUGAUGCCCAGCAAAAGAAGCAAAUAGAGGCACUUACAGCAGAACUUAAGUAAGUAUAAGCUUAACCAAAUCUAAGUGAAAGUGUGAAAUACUGGAGACAAAUUUGCGUCAUAAGACUUCGGAACGUCUUCGGAAACUUUUGAAACGUCUUCGGAAGUGUUCUUGUGCCUUCGGAUAUGAUCGGGUCCGAUGAUAAGUUCUCAAGCGUUUGAGGUUUUCUCUCACACGGAUAUCUAUUAAUUUGUCACAAACAUGAUGCGAUUUAUAAGCUAGGCUUAAGUUUAAUUUUCGGAAGAAAUUAAAUUAAAUUCGUAGACUAGUAGUUCAAAUUUGUUUUGUCUUUUAAUUAAAGCAAGAUGUGGAUUCCAAACGCCUUUUCGUUCAUCCACAGAGAGGCAGAAACGGCGUUGACGAAUCAAAAGACAAAAAAUUUCCAACUCAACAAGACAAUGGUGUAUCAAGUGCAGUGAGUAUUUAGCAAAGUUUUUGAAUGACGAACCGUAACCUGGCCUAAUUUUUCCUUUUUUAGGCGAACGGUGACGAGCGUUAGACGAGUGCGAAGCCCGAGUCACACACGCGAGGAUAGGAGUGCAUGACUCGUCUUCACGCUGAAUUACGCACGCAGUUUCAUUCUUUCUUAUGAUCUAUUGGAUGACAAACGCAUAGAUGACGUCACCGUUAACCACCUUUUUUUCUACUUUAUUAUAUACCACUUAUAAAUUUUAUGUUGCUGUGGUCUGUCCAGAGAUAGAUCACAGACGUCAAAAUAUGGUAAGAACAUCUGUGACAUACAACUACGCCUCAUAUGCCAAUUGUUGGUUCUUAACAAACAUGACGUCAUCUGUGAUUUAUUACGGAAUAUACGCACAGCAACAUGGGAUCUAUUUGUUAAACAAUACAAAGCGCAAACUCAUGUCAUAUAAAUUUAUUUCAAUUAAGUAUUAUGGGGGAAUAAAAAACGUGGGACUCGAUUGAAGUUUGGUCGAUUGAAAUCUAACAUCGUCAAAUAUUCAAAGAUCUUUUUAUUAUCACCUUAGUUGUAUUUUCUUUAAAAUGGAAUAAAGUACUAUGGCUGUCUAUUAGGGUCAAGGGUGGAAUGCAUACCUAGAAAAGUACAUAUUGAAUUGAUAUAUUCUCUCUUACUAUAUAGGAAAAUACGGGAUCACGACAUCUUAAAAAAGGAGUUGAAAAAAGAGGUAGGAGUAUCUAGUUUUAAGCUCUUGAACUUUCUUCGAUGGAGUUUCGUGAAACUGCAACCAGAGUAAAUCAACGCGGCCAAUCAAAGCAAAGCUGAUUAUCACGAGGAGCCCAUAUGAGCUCUCUGAAGCGCAAGUGAAUGCGUCAAGUUUUUUUGAAACCUUGCAGCUGAUUGGAAGAGAGAAUGCACGGCGUGAGUUCUCUGGGCCAGUCACACACGGUUGAAACAGUACAUACUAUAUCCCGAAUGACUCUGGACACUUAUUUAAAAUUACUCUGUUGAAGCGCAAUUUGGAUUACAGCUGGGAAACUAAACAGGGAUCGCCAUAGUUGCUCUGUGUUUAAGAAAGAUAGCCUAACAAGUGCUGCUCUCUUCUCUCGCAGUUGAAAGAAAAGAAGGUUUCCGAAAAGGCGAUGUCCGAAAAGUGAGAUAAGUUUUCGUUUAUUCAUAGUCAUUUGUAUUCUUAACUACACUGAUUUGUCCAUGGUAUGAAAACUCGUUUUUCUUACGAUCAUUUACUACGUCAGGAAUUAUGUGAAGAGAAACCCAAACUUAAAAAGCAUCAGCCAUUAUUUAUCAGUGAUCGUUGGUGAGAUAUGAUUUUUCAGUUUAGAAUAGAUGUAAAAAAGGAGACCUUUCUAACUUUCACUCGACGGAGAUGUGCAGUCUAAGAGAAAUUUAGCCAUACUAGUUAUCAAUUAUAGCGGGAGGGGGGGGGGAGGCGGGGAGGCGUUGGGGUUUGGAGGAUAUUGGAGGAUCGCAUGGUUUUCACGGGGAACAGAGGGGGAAUCAGUCGUCGCCAACGAGUAUGGAAAGGCAGUCUACAUAAAAUUGACUGCUCUUAGUCUACAACACUUAUCUUUAUCUCGUCUGCUUAACACUCAAAUUACAGUCUAAAUAUUCGCAAUUUACAUUGGAUCUGAAAUAUUUAUCUUUUAAAGGUUGGAGAAAGAAGAAGAGAAUCUGCAUAAUCUAAGUAUGAAGUUUAAGGCUGCCCAAAAAGAGGGCUGCAAAGUUAACCUUAUUUUACAGGUAUGUUGUGGAAUGUAAGUGUUAUAUUUUUUGACUUCAGUUGUAAAUGUUAGAUUAUUUAAGCCCAGAUCUCCCCCACAGAACUUAGUUGAUAGAAUUAGGGGACUAGUGUAGAGUAAAUCUGGUACGCAUGCGUCAUUUUCCCUAUUUUCCCGCACUUUUGUAACGAUAUUGAAGAAUGAGGGAACUGAGGUCAGGACAGAGAUAAACUAAUCACAAGCAACCUUGAAAAAGAAGCAUAUUGAGAGCACAAGCUGGAAACAAGUAGAAAUUUGAGUUAUCGAACGAAUAAAAGAUAUGUAUGUAAUUACAAUUCCUGCUGCAAGUGUAAGAGCGUUAUAAUUUAUUAAGAUAAUUCUGGUUUUUUCAACUGAGUUGAUUACGUAAAUUGGCCACCUAAAGAGUUUCAAAGCUGACGUUUCGAGCUCUGACGAAGAACGCUCGAAAUCAGUUUACAUUAUCAACUCAGUAGAUAAAACCAAAAUAAUUUUGUUAUACACCCCCACCGACGCAGCGCAGUUUCUUAAGAGACUUUACCCCUUUAUUCAUUAUAAUUUAUUGUUCUAUUUAUUUAGCAAGAGAGAAGGAACUACGAUCGGUAAGUGUAAUUUCACAUAGAUGCUUGAUAUGUUAGUUUAAAACUUUCACAAACAAAGCUGGCUUAUGGUUGUUGACUAUAUUGUUUACUGUUAUCAAAUGACCCACCUCAAUUGCGUUGACCUGAAAGGAACAACCAAUCCAGUUUCUUUAUGCGAGAGGUUUCAGAAGUAACCAUAAAAUUUGUUAUUCUAACCUAAACUUUGAAGUCAGCGCGAUCAUUUGUUCCAGUGAGUAUCAGUCACCUUCUUCCGCCCUCCAAAAAUUUUUGUCUUCAAAUCUCUUGAGCUACAUUUAUACCCAAGGAUACCACCCUUAAACAAAUGUUGUUCCAUCGAAAAAUUCUCGCCUGAGUUGACACUUGCCAUGCGAAAUUUAAACUAUCCGAUGGAAAGAGUCCAGGGCAUAACAAACAAUAGCGCCAUUGGAUGUCCGUCUAAAAAUACCCUUUCCCUAGUCUUAAUCUGAUUUAUUUAACCUGUUUUUCGUCUUUGAUCUCUCGUAUUAAUUAGAAAAGAAGCCGAGCUCGAGGAGGAAAUCACCAGGCUGAACAACGAAGGCGCUGGAAUGCAAUCUAGUCUUACAGGUCUCACCACUGAGAUAACCGAACAGAAGACUGAGAUAGAAAAACUGCGGACUGGAAAGGAGAGGCUUGGGGAUAAGUUCUUCCAACAAGAGAUGACCAUAUCUAAACUGGAAAUUAGGCUUGGCACGGUCAGUGGAUUGAGUUUAAGAAGGAACUAGCUAGUCAUUAUUUAUUCCCGGUGGUGCGGGGUUGCGACUUUGAAGGGGAUCGCAGGGUUCUCGUGGGGAACGGUGGGGGGUCACUCGUCGCUGAUAGAGUAUAACGGGGGUACUAUGGAAAAUUGACUGUCAAUAAGGGAUCAUGAGAAUUCUGCAUAACCUUAGGGGGAGAUUAGGUAAAUUUUAUCUUCACACAGUAAAUUCCUCCUCCUCGUUUUUUUUGUUUUAUUUUUCAGACGGACACUCGCAUUGGAUACAUGCAACUGUAAGUAAAUUUUAGUUACAUCCUAAAAAAACACAUGGGAAAUUUAACCGAUAGAUUAAACAUGUUACAACAAAUUUUGGCCGCCAUUCCGCUUUCUCUCUUUCUAUUUUAAGCAGAAUGAAAGUAGUUCGUGAAAUUUAGCCCGAAGGACUGACAUCGGCAAAUUAAGUCAAUGACAGAUUUAUUGCAUUUCGCGUAAAUUUAUGUGCGAGAGGGUUGGAUGUUUAAUUUGACUGACUGCUUGACUUGGUCACCUUGUUCACUAAUUUCUCGUUUUGUGUUCCUCAGACGUUAUAAAGCAGAUGAGGUAAAGAAUACCUCGCUGAGAUUUCAGGUGAGUUUUAAUUAUGCCAAAUCUCAUUGAUAACGAUACCAAAAAAAAAAAGAAGAAGAAAGGAACAACAACAACAAAAUCAAAAGCAACAAUAACAAAUAAUAUCAACAACAAUGACGACAAAUUUCAGACGUUGCAUCAGAAUGAUGGUAGGUUUUCAGCUAGGUAGACAAAGUGAGAAAGCCGAUAGUUUUUCAUUUGCAAUCGUGACAAGAUAAUGAAAAAUCUCUCAAAGUUCAGACUUGUAGAUAGAAAUUGUUUUUUAGAUAAACAAAUUUUGAUUUAGAACUUAUUGGGGAAGUUCUUCGGUCAAUUUUUCUUUGCUCUGCGAAGGCAUCGAAUUGAUCUUCUUUCAGCCAUUUGCUCAGCAACGUCACUGACAUUUAAAUUUAUUGCCAGGCUUACGUUCUUUUAUGUUGAUGUGAACUGCGUAACGGAAAUGAAAUCUGAUAAGCACAAGGAUGGCUACUCCAAAACUUUCAGAUUAAAAGUUUGCCAGUGUUCUAUAAAUUAAACAUUCUUUUCCUUUGUAAAUUGUAGAUUGAUGAAUACAAGAAGGCCAUAUCAGAGAGUAAGAAGGAGUAAGUAAAAAUAUAAGUAAAAAAGAUUUUUUGUCAGUCACGGGCGUAAUUCGUGACUUAUAGGAGCGGGGGCGGCGAAUUUUUAAGGGAGGUUGUAGUUUUCAGGGGGAACGUAAGGAGGAUCGGUCGUCGCCAACAUAUUAUUAAGUGGAGAUUAUGCAAAACUUCCAAUGAGCAAUGAGCAGGGGGGGUGGGGGGGGGAGACGUAUGGGAAUAUUACAGAGCCUUAUGAUGGACCAGGAAAAUUUUACAGUGAAACAACCAAAUCCUCCGAACCCCCCCUCCCCACCCACGCGAUAAAUAAUGUCCGGUCCAUUAGCGUGUGUAAAUGUAAAUCUCUCGUUAGGGAGAUGUCUUUUGAGGCGACACUUUAAUACUCUCGAAGCAGCAUCCUACGAAAAGGUCCCACAGUAUUUAACGUAUGACAUGUUUGAAAUGAGAACAUCAAUUUACCAGUUUUGAAUUGGGGAAAUAUAAUAGACCCUAUGAAGUUUUACGAGAUAUGUUCCUUAGCAUUGCCGUAAUUCAUUAUAUAACUUCUUCAGGUUGAAAAAGACUCAGGAACAACAAAACGCGGAACUGCAGUCACUCACUGCUCAGCUUGAAAGCUACAAAGCCGAAUGCGAAAGAAGAGGCGAGAUCAAUGAGGUACAUAUUGACCAAUCAACUCGAGAAUUUCCUUUUACGACAUUAAAAAAGACACGUAAGCCAGCCUCGUUUCUUAGACUUUCCGAAACGAAGCAGAACGUCGGGUAAUGCUAUGCGCGCGACCAAAAACAUGAGGGAAAAGAAUCUGACACCACAUCGAGUCAGCCUCUUUCCCAGUCCUUUUUUUCUUAAGGGAAGGGAAAAAUUGACCAAACAGAAAGAGUCGUUUAACUUCUUGCAAUACAGAUUAAAAUAUAUAAUAAAGAAAUGGAACUACCGAAAUUUUAGUUUUAACUUAUCUGACUCUUUUUUUAUGACCAGGCCGACAAGGAAACAAAAGCCAAUAUGAAAAUGUGAGUAAAUGUUUUCUGUUCUAAAAGCGAAAGUCAGAGAAAGUGACAGAAAGGAAAAUACUGUUAUUAUGGGUAGCUAGUCCUUGGUUUGUCGUUGUUUUUUGUUUGUUUGUUUUGCUUUGCUUAUUGGUUAUAUGUAUGUAGAUAAUGGGAGAAAUGAUCCUAACUAUUUGGGUAAUAAAAUAUUUUUAAAAACUGAAAAAUAUCUUUUUUAAGAUAAAAAUUCGUUCUAAUAGAAACUUUUUCCAACUUUUAGGGACAUCCGAAUUCUUUAUCAGCAGGUAAGAAAUUUCUUAAUUUAUUUCAUGACUCCGAGGAAAUCUGGAGUAAUCUUGAAUAAUUCAAUCCCUUCUUUCGUGGUGAUAUAUCAGCGAAAUGUUUCAUGGCACUUAGAUCCGAUACCAAACUGAACCUCUUAUUUUCCUUUUUUGCAGAAUGCUUUACUCCGCCAUGAACUGACCAGCGGUUUCAUCGCAUGCUACAGAGCAGUGAAGCGAUUCUUUUGGCGAGCCAUCGACGCCAUUAGAUUGCUAUUCCGCUGACCACUUCAAAGGAAAGGGGGGGGGGAAAGAAAAUUUUUCUGAUAUAUUCUUUUUUUUUGUUAUUUGUUAAAUUUUAUACUCAAAAUUUUAAAAAUUGGGACACCAGAGACCUGAGUAGAGCAAGAAUCAGAAGAACAUGUGAAAUAUCUUCGAACAGUCUAAAUGAUGUCUAACUUGUGUCUUAAUCCUUCCACCCAACCUAACAUAGCUGAGUGUUCUUUCCUCAUUUUGUCCUAUCGUCGUAACAUCAGGUUUGGAGGCAAAGCCAUUGUACGUGGUUGACAUGUUCACAUCAGUCAAUAACUUGUCACAUUCUCACAGACAGUUUAAGGAAGCGAUUUGUUUCAUUUUUGAGGUCAGUAAGCAACUAAUGUUUUUGAAAUGAACGUCGAGAAGUGCUUGAUGAAUCAUCUCUUUGGUUUGAUUUUAUAUCUGGCAGUGAGAGCAAAGGAACGUUU